GACCGAUUAACAAACGUUGUUGUAUUUGGAAACAGGCGUUAAGUUACUGAAAUCUACAUUUGUAUUUGUAGUUUAGUUACUGCACAAUAGUGCAUAGUGCACUGUACUUUCAAUAUGUCAUUAGACACAGAGGUAGAAGCGUUUGGCGACAUGAGUAUCGAUAGGACGAAUACGGAUUCACUUUCAACAAAUCUUGAAAAGGAAGUAACCAAUGGAAAUCAAUGGAAUGACUUAGAGGCCACCAUACCACCCCUGCAACCAAAUGAACUUCAAGAUAUAUUUCGAGAUGUUGUUUUGGAUUGGCAAGCCCAAGCAGAACUUACAGAAAUGAUGGAUACUGCUGAUAUUGAGGACACCACCUAUGUUGGCCAAUGGAACCGAGUAGAACGUUUGUCUUCAAUAAGGAACAAAGUUGUGGAAAGCAUGAUAUACAAAUUUUGCCAAGAAACACCAAUGUUGAAAUUCCGCAUCAUGUUUGCUGAUGUAAUUGAAUCGAAAUGCUGGCAUUUGAUUGACAGCAACGAUUGCCAGCCGGGAGGAAUUAACAUGAGACGUGCGAGUACUAUCGUCUCCUGCUUACAAGAGGCAGUGGCAGGUCGUCUAAAUGACAGUUACAUGCAAAUCCGGGUGCCCAUAGAUGGUGGAAGGGGAGGAAACCUUUUGUCUGUUAAAGUCAAAUCCGAACUGCUCAACUGGGAGCAAGAACUAAGGGGCCGAUAUACCCAACGGCCGAUGGAACUUGUGCAGGUGAUGCAAAAAAUGUUGAAACGAGAACAAUAUAUUCUUGAAAUGGCUGAGAAGAUGCCGCUGUACACAAACGAGCAACCACAGAAUGGUUCAAUGUCAAGUUCACCUGGCAGUGCUAUGCAGAAAACUGAACCGAUGCCAGAUAUGCCACGUGUUCAAUACAUUAUAAGGGAUUUAAACCAAGCUGAGUUAUGUAGUCGAGAAAUAACUGAACGUAUUGAACGCAUGGUUGGGGAAUACCAACAACUUCAUUUAUGCACUGGUGGAAACUUGCAAGUCCUCGAUACAUACGAUCCACGUCUCAUUGCGAGUGCAGAGGAACAACGAACAUGGAAAACAAUCAUCGAGUUGCGUGAUUCUCUCGUUCAAACAAGACAGGUUCUUAUUCAUGAAUAUCAUAAGGACCAAUUGUUCAACCAACUUCAAUCUUUGCUUCGUCGUGUCAAAUGUGAGAUAGCUGAGUGGAAACGAGCUGAAGCUUACUUGAGUAAUGGGAAGCAAGUUGCAGAUAGCUCAGAUAUUGACCAACUGGAAGAUUGUUGCAAACCGCUUGCGAAACUUUUCCUUCAAAGUCUCGAUCAAAUAUUGAAGCUUCAACACAUAGAGGUUGAUAACUUGCUCAAGGAACAAGAGAAUAUGAAAAUGCUUGAUUACCUGCGACAACAUUAUGAAAACAUGGCCAAAGACCUUGUGGAAAAUGCGUUCAUUGUGGAGAAACAACCUCCGCAAGUUCUAAUGAAAGACAAGAAGUUUAUGUGCCAGCUACGACAUCUUGUUGCAGAUGGUUUAUCCAUCCACCAAUUCCGAUUCGACACACAAGUCCAACUAGUGAACACCGAAGCAGCUUGUGCUAUUGUGGACGGUGGUCCAUCCACUCCUAUCAAACCAUCGGGAAAAAUCUUGAACAAUUGUCAUAAGUCGGAUUUUGUUGAGCAAACCAAGCAACUGCACGUACACAUGCGAAACAUGAGCUUAAGCAUGAGGCAGCGUGGUGAUCGUGGGAGGGCAGAUUGCGUGGCAGAGGAAAAGUUUUGCAUGGUUUUCCGUGCGUUUAUAUCACUCCGAUUCCCCUCCAAGGCAGAAUAUGAUGUGGUGGCGCAGACUUUCUCGCUACCCAUCGUUGUGAUAUCGCAUGGCAAGCAGGAAGCUGACGCUCAAGCCACCGUUUUCUGGGAUAACGCUUUCUCAGAAUCGGUCCGUCGCCCGUUCGAAGUCCCGGAUAGCGUUCCGUGGAAUUGGAUACUGGAUGGUUUGAACUGUUUGUGGAAGAAGGAAUGCGAGAAAGAACCGGGCAGUGCUUCCGAAGGCAUCGGUCUCACGCACGAGGCAAAGAAAUAUCUCACAGUGAAAUUGUUGGGAACGGAUGCAGUUGAUCCACACACACACGUAUCAUGGAGACAAUUCAACAGAGAGAAUCUUCCUGGUAAAGGCUUCACAUUUUGGACUUGGUUCUUUAAAGUCAUGGAGCUUGUAUCGAGUCCUUAUGUCAAGAAAUUCUGGAAUCUCAGGUACAUCACUGGUUUCAUUGGAAAAGCCGAGUGCCAGAAUUAUUUACUUACGUGCCCGCUUGGAGCUUUUAUGUUCCGCUUCAGUGAUUCUCAGCUUGGUGCGCUCUCCAUAUCUUGUUAUACUUAUUGUGAGAAAACAAAGAGAAAAGAAGUUGGCCAUCUUGAACCAGACACAAUAAAAAGACUUCAAACACGAAGCAUCCCUGAUAUGGUGAAGGAUCUUGACUACCUGCUUUAUCUUGGAGCGGAUAUUCCCAAGGACAGAGCGUUCGGUCCUUACUACACGCCUGAGUUUCGGGUGGAGUCAGCACAAAAGCAUGAUUACUGGCCCAAGUCUCUUCAAGUUGUGACAAAAAACAACGGGACCACAAGUACAUUUAUUCGCUCAAUGAAACAGCCUAACUCACCGGACAUGGGGCCUCACGUGCAAUUGAAAUCAUCCAUGUCGCCGCCUACCUUUGGCUCGCCAGGUACCCCCUUAUCUCCGCUGGACCUCCUGUCCCCCAACCCCUCGCUACAUGGUGAAUAACUUUAUUGAUAUAAUGGACAACAGGAAAUAUUCUAGUAAUUAGUAAGGUGGGGUAAGAUGGGAGACCUUUAGCACACAAUAUCCUGAAUGUGUUUUAAACAAUUAACAACGGUAUAUGCGAGUCGUGAGAAUACGGUUUUAUAAUUCUGUAAAUGUUUUUUGUUUACUACCAAAUGAGACGAGAAAAUAGAAUAUAAAGGUGUCCCAUCUUCCCCUAUCCCACUAUAUCUAUCAUACUCCAUGAACUGUUUGUAUAUAUAUCAUGAAUUACUCUGUUGCUUGUAAGUUUUGAUGACAGUUAAAAUGAAUAUAUAAUUUAAUUAUUAUGACGCCAAAUAAUUUUUGUUGUUGUUAAUUUUACCAUUUUUUUCCUUUGUUUGUAUUUGAUCAGAAUUUUGAACCCUGCAGUGCAUUAAGCAUUUCAAGUAUUUUUAAACUUUUAAGAGUUCCAAUAGUUCUGCAUGGAAAAUGUUCCUUGUUAAUUUUAUAGUUACUGCAGUGCCCGAUUGCAAUACGUUUGUAUCGCAAUAUUGUGUAAAGUUUUUGUUUCUUUGUAUGUUUGUAAAUAAACAUUCCAAUCAUAAUAUAA